CACACACAUUUUCUCGUUUUUCAGCCUUUUACUCACGUGUACACAGAGACGGGGAAACGACGGUCAGUCACUUUCCAAGCCACUCCUGCCUCCAGACUCUGAACACAAACCUGAAAUCAUGGCCCACCCACUAAUGCAUGAAAACAUUUGGUUCGAGAGGAACAGGUUCCAGGAGGCCGAGACCAAGUACCAGGAACAUCUUGCCUCCCAGCGUAGCGGACUUGUAGUACAGAAAUCAGAUGGUCCGGCCAGCAAUCUGGUUAGCGAAAUUGCACGCGCACGUCAGAACAUUCAAAGCUCUUUGAGUGCUGGAGUUGGUCUUAGUGUAGGUGUGGGUGUAGAUAACCCAGAGAUCUUGGCCCGUCUUUCAGCGGUGGAGAAGGAGAACGCAGACCUCAGAAAAAUCACAACUGAUCUUCAAGCUGCUGUUGCCAAGCUGACAGAACGCCUGAGUGCCUUAGAUACAUCAGCUGCUCCGCCUGCAUCUCAAACAAAACCAGUCCAGAAUGGCAAAGCCGAAGAUGAUGACGAAGAAGACGAUGAUGACUUUGACUUCUUUGGGAGCGAUGAAUCAGAAGAAGAAAGUGAAGAGAAGAAGAGGCAGACGGAGGAACGCCUGGCCAAGUACCAGGAGAAGAAGGCCAAGAAGCCGGGUCCCAUCGCAAAGUCUAACAUCAUCUUUGACGUGAAACCUUGGGAUGACGAGACAGAUAUGGGCGAGUUGGAGAAGGCCGUUAGGAGCGUUGAAAAGGAUGGCCUGCUAUGGGGUGCUUCCAAAUUGGUCCCUCUAGCCUAUGGUAUCAAGAAACUUCAAAUCACAUGCGUGGUAGAAGAUGAAAAGGUCGGCACUGAAGACAUAGAAGAAGCCUUGGACGUCUUUGAAGACUUGAUCCAGAGUGUAGACGUCGCUGCAUUCAACAAAGUUUAAAUUUCCACCAGACUGUCACCCUCAUCAACCUUCCCAGAUGCAUUUAUUAUUAGAACCUCUAUUAACUAGAUAUUACACCAUGCCCUGAACUUGACAUGAAUGCUGCCCUCUUGUGACAGAAGUCUAGAGAUCUACAAAAGUCCCUUUUCAGCCAGAAGAGAACGGAUUGAGAAAUAUCUUUUCUGUUUCAUCCAUUCCUAAACCAUGUUUGGUGGUAUUCUCAUUGCAUUGAUUAAGUUUCAGAGCUUGUGUUUAUGGAGUGCCAGUUGUCAACUCAUUUCUAACGUAUGAAAUGCCAGUUGGCAACUCAUUCGCUACCUACACAACAUGUAAUCAUGCUGUGAAAAUAUCCAAAAGAAUUCAUUUAGUGAAAAAAAUAUUUAUCAAUAGUAUAGAAUGGAUUUUAUUGAAUUCAUUGAUACACUAAAUUUUCAUUGAUUCUUUUUUUAUCGAAGAGAUGAUACCAGCAUUCCAUAUAAGUACAGACUAAAUUCUUGUUUAGUCUGGUGUUUUACCUUGGUUUAAUUAUUAGAAUAACCAUCCAUUGUUUUCCAUUGAGUCAGACCCAUACAAACCGGUAGUACAUUUUAUCAUCAAUUUUAAAGGGGAAGUUCACCCUGAAGAAAACUUUGUUGU